AUGAUAUUUCCUUCAUUUCAUCUCGUUAUUAAACAAUGCCAUAAUCAAUGGCGUUCAUUAUUAUUUCGUAGAAUUAGUACUAUUAAUCAACGACAAUUAUCAACGACUAAUGAUUAUAAAAAAGAUUCUAAACAACAAGGAAAUAAUAUUCUUGUUCAAUCUCAAAAUAAUCAAAUUGAUAUUACUGCAUUUACUCAUAAAGCUCAACAAGCAGUUAAAGAUUGUGUUUAUUCACUUGUUAUUGUAGCAGGAGUUGUUGCAUUAGGUGGAGUAUGUUAUUUAAUUUUACAUGAACUCUAUUCAAGAGAAACACCUAAUGGAAUCUAUAAAGAAGCAUCAAAAUUAUGUUUAGCGAAUAUUAAUGUACAAGAAGCUCUAGGUACACCAAUUCUGGUUCAUACAACACCUCAAAUUGGUUCAUUGAGGAUUAAUAAUGUUCGGUAA